GGGAAGAGUGGGGCAUUGGGAGUGGGGCAUUGGGAGUGGGGCAUUGGGAGUGGGGCAUUGGGAGUGGGGCAUUGGGAGUGGGGCAUUGGGAGUGGGGCAUUGGCAGUGGGGCAUUGGGAGUGGGGCAUUGGCAGUGGGGCAUUGGGAGUGGGGCAUUGGCAGUGGGGCAUUGGGAGUGGGGCAUUGGCAGUGGGGCAUUGGGAGUGGGGCAUUGGCAGUGGGGCAUUGGGAGUGGGAGUGGGUGCGCGGCGUGGUGGGAGCGAGUGCGUUGUUGCAUCUCAAUGCACCGUGCAUUGAUGCAGCUGAUCUGGUGCCUGCACUGCAUCACUGCUCCCCGUUCCGCAGUAUCUCGAUCGAUUACCCUGAGUAUCCCCGUUCUCCCCAUUAUCCCCAUUACCGUCACCUCCCCGUUUCCCCCAUCACCCCGUUCACCCCAUCUCCCCGUCCCCCGCAUCGCCCCGUCCCCCCCAUCGCCCCGUCCCCACGUCAUCUCCAUGGCCCUUUUCUCCCCAUCAUCAUCCUCAUCCCCAUCCCCAUGCACCUGGGCGGUGUGCGGGCAGUGCGCGCGCUGGUGCAGCUGCAGGAGGCGUGGGGGGGCGCGUGGGCGGGCAACAGCAACGCCACCACGGCGUGCUCUGCGUGGGCUGGCGUCACCUGCAGCCCCAACGGGGCCGCCUUUACCAUGGAUCCUCCUCCCACUGGCACCAUUCCUGCUGCCAUCACCGACCUCGUCGCCCUUCAAUACCUGUCCGUCUGCGCUGCCCGCUCCCUCUCCCUCUCGCUCUCCCUCUCAUCCCGCCUGCACCAUCGUGCCUUCUUCCCUUCCUUUGCUCAUCCCAUCCCUCCGUUCAAGUUUCUCCCAUUCAAUUCUUCCUUGUGCGCUGCUGCCCCAAUCCAGUGCAUUGUACUUCCUGCUUCCACCACUCCCUUUCGUACCUCCUUUGCAAACUCACUGGACCUUACCAUCUCUCCUUUCCCCCCUUCUCUCCCCCUCCUCCCCCCCCUCUCCCACUUCUCUCUUCCUGCCCAUCCCUUGCUCUAG